AUGAAGUUGCUCACGAGUGAAAAGAAAAAUCAUGCUUUCACUCCAAAGUAUAAACCAAAUUUUAAACAAAUAGAGAGAGAGAAACGCAUAUUUUUAAAAGAAUUUUCUUCGAAAUACGGUUAUAAUGGUAAAAUCGAUCAAAUCCGGGAAACUGAAUAUCCACAAUUGAACAAAUGUGUAUACCUUGAUCAUACGGGAUCAACCGUUUUUGCGAAAAGUACUGUAACGAAUUUUAUGAAUGAUCUAACGAAUAAUCUUUAUGGUAACCCCCAUUCGAAUUCACCCAGCUCACAAGCAAGUUCAAGGAGAAUCGCAGAAGUUCGAAAAAGAAUCCUUAAAUUCUUUGAUACGAAUGAACAAGAUUAUUCAGUAAUUUUCACUCAAAAUGCCACUGCAUCCGCAAAAUUGGUCGGUGAAAUGUUCCCUUGGUCAAAAAGGAGUAGUUAUAAAUAUUUAAGAGAAUCUCAUAACAGUAUUAAUGGUUUGAGGAGAUUCCCCGAACAGAUUGACGCCGACUUUCAAACUGUAACGGAAGAUGAGCUUUUUCAUGAAUUAUAA